GCAUUGCCAUCUUCCUCACAUCCGACAGCAUGCGCUGCAGAGCCAGCAACUCCGAGCACUACGUAAGAUGAGCGAUCAAGAUCGACUUGCCACAUUUCUGCCAAUACUCAAGUGCCGAAUGGCAGCUGCAGGCCUUCCGCCUGCGGCUGCAGACUUGCUCGAGAUACUCGAGGAACAUUGCAUUGAGCCGCGGGAACCAGCAGUGCUCUCCGACAGUAUCAGGUCGCUUCAGCGGAGUGCAAAGAAAUUACCUGUUGUGGCCAUUCUGGACCUGUGUAUGCACGAGCUUCCUGUUUCGGUGAAGCUAGCCUUGAUCCGAUUGCGAUUGGAAUUGGGCCCGCCACA